ACAAUUCUUGUAGGGGUGUCAUCUUCCGUGUGGGUGCAUUUAAAAUGAAUGUACUGGUAAGAACGGUGUUACUGGCGCUGCUGGUGCUAGCAGGAUUUCUGGUUUUCACCGCUGCACAGAGUAAACAAAAGACGGGUCUCUCAUUAUCAGAGAAUGUGCGCAACUUGCAAGAUAUGAAUAUGAAGAAAGCGCUGCUGCGUUUCAAUGGACAGAAAUUUCGUGAUUAUGUGAAGAAUACGCCUCGGAACUACUCUGUUGUGGUCAUGUUGACAGCGUUAGCUCCUUCGAGGCAAUGCCAAAUAUGCCGUCAUGCCCAUGAUGAAUUUACAAUUGUAGCCAAUUCUUAUCGCUACUCACCGACUUACUCAAAUAAAUUAUUCUUUGCGAUGGUUGACUUUGAUGAGGGCUCCGAUGUAUUCCAAACGCUGCGUAUUAAUACAGCGCCUGUUUUUAUGCAUUUCCCUGCCAAGGGUAAACCCAAAGGUCCUGAUACCAUGGAUAUCCAUCGUGUAGGAUUUGCCGCAGAAGUGAUUUCGAAAUUUGUUCAUGAACGCACCGAUAUACAAAUACGUAUUUUCCGACCACCGAACUACUCUGCUACCGUAGCAAUGAUAACGUUAGCUGCUCUAGUCGGCGGCUUCCUCUACAUACGUCGCAACAACUUAGAGUCCCUAUAUAACAAACAAAUUUGGGGCGCUUUGGCGUUAUUCUUUUGCUUCGCCAUGAUUUCAGGGCAAAUGUGGAAUCACAUACGUGGUCCACCAUUGGUUCAUAAGAGCAAAAACGGGGGUGUUGCAUAUAUACACGGGUCAUCUCAAGGACAACUAGUGGUGGAAACUUAUAUCAUUAUGUUCUUAAAUGCUAUGAUUGUCCUGGGAAUGGUUCUGCUUAUAGAAUCUGGUUCACAAAACGAUAAUAAAAGAGCGCGCAUAAUGGCCAUAGCUGGUCUAUUGCUGGUUGUUAUGUUCUUUUCCUUCCUGUUAUCGGUGUUUCGAUCAAAGGCGCAAGGUUAUCCUUACAGUUUCCUUUUUAAAUAAACGAUUCGAUGAGCUUCAGCCAUUUUUUAUCUGAAA